CAUUAUUGUAUAUACUUAAUAUUUUUUGAAAUUGAAUUCACAAGACGUUAUUAUUAAUAAUAUUUUGUAAUAGAUAAUGGAUGAAGAUAAAGAAUUUGUUGGAUUUUUGUAUGAGAAUUGUUAUAGUUAUGAUUUUGAAUGGUCUGAUGGUAAUGAUAAGUGUAAAAAAGAAAUGACAGAAGAUACGUUUUUGGAGCAAAAAAAAACAUGGAAACCGAAAAUUGAAGAUAAAUAUAUUCUUUCAAAAACACCUAAUCCUAUUCCUCGGCCUGCUGAUAAAUUUUCUCUAGCAAUAUUGAAAUCAGCUGCUGAAGAGCAAUAUUAUUUAAGAAAUUAUCAAAAAUCACUUGAUUAUGUUAAUGAUCUUUUGAAACCUAAGGAUUCUAAUCUUAAAGAAGAUUAUGAACUUUGUGAAAAAGAGAAAAAACAAAUGAAUUAUUUAAGAAAUAAGUGUCUUGAAAAGUUAUUAACUUAA